UCGCAGGUGUUAGCAAGACGACUUAUAUUUGGAAAGGGACAUGCCAAGCUUGGUGAAACAGAUGAAAGGAGAAAGAAAAUCAAUAAAUUUAAGGAAUCGGCAUGGAAAUUUGUUUAUUAUCUUUCUGCAGAAUUGUUUUCACUAUCUGUAACAUACAAUGAAUCAUGGUUUACAAACACAAGAUACUUUUGGGUAGGGCCUGGCGAGCAGCUCUGGCCUGACCAAAAGAUGAAGCUGAAGCUUAAGGCUGUGUACAUGUAUGCCGCUGGAUUUUACGUAUAUUCUAUCUUUGAUCUUCUGUUCUGGGAAACAAGACGCAAGGACUUUGGAGUCAUGAUGUCUCACCAUGUGGCAACUGUUGUUCUGAUCGUUGUGUCCUAUAUUUGCAGAUUAUCUCGUCCUGGCUCUGUCAUUUUACCCCUCCAUGAUGCAAGUGAUAUAUUCCUAGAGAUCGGAAAGAUGGCCAAAUACAGUAGCUGUGAAUGGCUAGUUGUUGUAGCAUUUCUACUUUUUGUGGCUUCCUGGAUCCUUCUUCGGCUAAUAGUUUUUCCUUUCUGGAUCCUAAGAAGCACAAGUUAUGAAAUAGCUAUGAUCGUGGACAAGGAGAACAAAAAAAUCUACAGAACCUCAUACUACUAUCUUUUCAACACUCUCUUGUUUUCACUUCUCGUCUUUCACAUAUAUUGGUGGGUACUGAUUUACCGGAUGCUUGUCAAACAAAUUCAGUCCAGAGGUCAUGUUGGCGAGGAUGUUCGAUCCGAUUCUGAAGGCGAAAAUGACCAUGAAGAUUAAGCUGCAGGUUGUUGGAUGCUUAACUGAAGAACUGUAUAGUUCGCAGUUGGAAAUGAGAAUGGUGCAAGCGGGUUGUAUAAAGAAUGAGAAUGUCAAGGAGGAACUAGUUAGCAUAUCCAUUAGGAGGAAAUUCAGGCACAAAAUGAAAACUGAGAAGGCAAAAAUCUCGGUGCUACUGGAACAAGCCUCCUUGAUGUAUCUUUUAUGUAAAUUGAAUAUAUGAGGCUCUUGAGGCAAAUCUUACAUCGUGAUAUUAAUCUCCAUAUGUAUGUGAAGAUGUCUUUUCAGAAAUACCGAAUCUCCAAGUUAUAAAAACUCUCUUUUACAUA